AUGAUGGAGUUGGAGGACCUUUACACAAAGCAAUACGAUGCUGCAUCUACCAUUGAAGAAGAGAAGCGAAUGCUGGCAAAAGAAUUAUUGAAUUUAAAGAGUAGUCAGUUGAAGGCGCUUUAUCAGUGCGAAGAGAAAAUAGAUCUUGUGGCCCGUUUAGAAAGUGACAUUUUGUCAUUAUCAAAGCAGCUACAAGCAGCUACGGCGGAGCUCGAGGCAUCAUGUAUUGAGAAGGCUAUAAUAGAGAAGCGCUUGUCGGCCCAAAUGAUGGAGCAGAAGGAUUUUCAGGCAGAGCAAUACGCUGUGGUAGCCGCUAUUGAGGAAGAAAAGCGUAUGCUGGCGAUUGAAGUAUCUGCUCUGAAGCUUAGUGAGCUGGAGGCGUUGGCUCGGUGCAAAGAGAAAGACGAAUGGUUGGUUCAACUGGAAGAUAAGUUGCUGAUAUUGUCGACGCGGUUACAAGCCUCCGAGACGAAGCUGAAGGAAUCAAGCUUUGAUACAGGUGACGAGAUAAACUCAGCGCGUACCGAGAUUUCAGCUCUUAAGGAGCGCUUGGCGGCUUAUGAAAUGCAGCUGGAGGAGCGUCAAGCGAAGCAGUACGCCGCGAUGGCCGACAUUAAGGAAGAGAAGCACUUAUUGAUGAUGGAGGUGUCUGCUUUGAAGAGUAGUAAGAUGGAAGUAUUAGCUCAGUGCGAAGAGAAAAAUAAGCGUGUGGCUCAGCUUGAGAGUGAACUGUCGUCGUCUUCGAAGCAGCUACAAGCUACCAUGGCAGAACUGGAGACAUUGACACUGAAAGCAGAAAAUAAGCUAAGAGCAUUGCGAACGGAGAGAUCUGUAUUUGAAGGUCGUUUGUCGGCUCAAAUGUUGCAGCUGGAGGAUCUCUACGCAAAGCAGUACGAUGCUGCAGCAACUACCGAAGAAGAGAGGCGCAUGUUGGCAAAAGAGGUAUCGAGUUUAAAGAUUAGUCAGUUGAAGGCGCUAACUCAAUGCGAAGAGAAGAUAGAGCGUGUGGCCCGUUUAGAAAGUGAUAAUUCAUCAUUAUCGAAGCAGCUACAAUCCGCAACGUCGAAGCUCGAGGCAUCAUGUAUUGAGAAGGCUGUAAUAGAGAAGCGCUUGUCGGCCAAAAUGAUGGAGCUGGAAGAGCUUCAGGCAGAGCGAUGCACUGCGGUAGCUGCCGUCGAGGAAGAAAAGCGUAUGCUGGCGAUUGAAGUAUCUGCUCUAAAACGUUGUGAGCUGGAGGCGUUGGCUCAGUGCAAAAAGAAAGACGAAUGCUUGGUUCAACUGGAAAAUAAGCUGUUAAUAUUGUCGACGCAAUUACAAGCCUCUGAGACGAAGCUGAAGGAAUCACGCUUUGAUACAGGUGACGAGAUAAACUCAGCGCGUACCGAGAUUUCAUUUCUUAGGGAGCGCUUGGCGGCUUAUGAAAUGCAGCUGGAGGAGCUUCAAGCGAAGCAGUACGCCGCGAUGGCCGACAUUAAGGAAGAAAAGCGCUUAUUGAUGAUGGAGGUGUCUGCUUUGAAGAGUAGUAAGAUGGAAGUAUUAGCUCAGUGCGAAGAGAAGAAUCAACAUGUGGCUCAGCUUGAAUGUAAACUGUCGUCGUCUUCGAAGCAGCUACAAACCACCAUUGCAGAGCUGGAAAUUCUGACUUCGACAACAGACAAUAAACUAGUAGCAUUGCGAACAGAGAGGUCUGUAUCCGACGAGCGUUCGACGGCUCAAAUGUUGCAGCUGGAGGAUCUCUACGCAAAGCAGUACGAUGCUGCAGCAAUUACCGAAGAAGAGAGGCGCAUGCUGGCAAAAGAGGUACUGAGUUUAAAGAGUAAUCAGUUGAAGGCGUUUACUCAAAGCGAAGAAAACGAGGAGCGUGUGGCUCAAUUGGAGAGUGAUAAUGUAUCAUUAUCAGAGCAGUUACACGCCGCUGAGGCGAAGCUGGAGGCCUCGUAUGUCGAGAAGUCUGCUAUAAAGAACUGCUUGUCGGUUCAAACAAUGCAGCUAGAAGAUCUUCAGGCAAAGCAAUACGCCGCAGCAGUCGCCGUUGAGGAAGAUAAGCGCGUGUUGGCUAUCAAAUCGUCUGCUUCGACGAGUGAAUCCGACUUCGCUGCUCGCGAUGACGUCAGGCGGAACCCGACUAUGUCUAGCAUACCUCUUACGCUGAUAAGAACGCGAGAUCGAUUGAAAGUGGAAGCUGAAAAGCGCCGAAUAAACGAGACCAAUGUGAUAAAUCGAAAACUUCGCCGCCAAAAUCGUCAACGCGAGACCUAG